AUGAUCAUUCUCGUGACUGGUGGAAACCGCGGUAUCGGAUUUGCGAUCGUAAAGUCCAUAAGUAUUCGGUUUCCCAAAUCUACCAUUCUCCUUGGUUGCAGAAACAUGACUUUCGGAGAAGAGGCUGUUCUGCAGCUUCAAAAAGAUGGUGCAGUUGCCGCAGUUGAGGCUAUCCAAAUUGACAUUGAAAGCGACUCUUCCAUCAUUGCGGCCGUGAAAAGCAUCGAACAAAAGUUUGGGAGACUUGAUGUUCUUAUCAACAAUGCCAUCAAGCUCGAAAGACCUUCAUCACACGAUCUGACUUGCGUCCGCUCUGCCGCCAAUGCCUGCUACAACAACGCAAUCACUUCCAACAUCGUUGUCACUAGGGCGAUGGAGCCCCUUUUGAGAAAGGCUACAAACCCUCGAGUCAUCAUGGUAUCCAGCACUCGAGGCAGCAUGGGUCGAACCGCCAAGAAAGAGCUACCACCCGUUUCAGUCGUAGACUACUGCAUCGCAAAGGCUGGCUUAAAUAUGCUUGUAUUGCAGCUACAAGCAGCAGAAGAUGCAAGGGCCAAAACGGACCAGAAACUAGCUUUUUGGGCAGUCAGCCCAGGUCAUUGCAAAACUAGCUUCAACGGUUUCAAGGGAACCAAGGAUCCUGCAGACGGUGCGGAAGUCGUCCUGAGACUCUUCGAUUCUGCAGAAGGCGAGAUAGAAGGAGGUACAUUUUGGGAAUACGAGAAUGGUGUUUUUCAAAUGCCGCCUUGGUAG